GUGGUUCUCAAUAAAGAUAUUAGUAAGACCCAGAAGGUACACUUUUUUACCUCAGAAAUACUGAACCACAUUGCUUCACUCUAUCGCUGGAAUGGAAUUACUGAUGUCAGCACAGUGGAUGUCAAGGCUUCCCAAGAGUGUGAAGAACCAGGAAAGCUUUUAGUGAGAGAACUGGUUCAUAAAUUUUUAAUGAACCUUUGUUGUUCUCUGAAGCAUGGCAUUAACUUUUAUGAUCCAAGUCUUGGCACAUCUGGCAGAGGAGGUAAUUUGGUUCUGCUGCGCUUUCUUCUGAGUCUAAAGACUGCUGUAGAAGAUGAGAUGGUUGCUAAUCUUAUGGUGCACAUUUUCAAAGUAUGCCCAGAUUUACUGAACAGAUACUUUAAGGAAUCCCACUAUUCUUUUGUUCCGAGACUAAAAUCUGCAUGGCUAGACAACAUGAAAUUGCUGAGAAAG